AUGCACAUGAUGUGUCUCAAGCGGCAGCGGUACGCGGCUGGCAAGGACUCGCUCGACCUUCAGACUGAAUCAAGGAGAGGCUGGCCUUUGUGCUCUGCGUCGUGGAUUGAACUCCCGAACACGUUCAAUCCUUCAACCCUCACCACCCGCCGGGUUCUGUCCGAUAGCGACCAAGUAACACCCGGCAAUUACAUCGUCCAGUCGACCUUGGAUCACGAACUCCAUGCCGAGAGGGAGACACCGAAGGUCGACAUCUGGUUCCAGACGCCUCCGCUCAACCUUCACAUCAUCCGCACGAUAACCCAGGUCCAGCUUGUGGCCGAGUCCCAUGACCAGGGCUUUGCUGACGUGCCAGAUGCCGGCAAUUGGACGUGGCUGGAGCUCGCUAUUCUGAAUGACGCGCAUGCGAAGCAGCCCAAGUCUGUGGGCGGUGUUGUCAUGGUGUGGACCAGCCACUACAACAACUUUUCCCGCUGA